AAGGAUAUUUACGUAAAUACGUUGAAAGCAUCUCUCGUAUAAAAGCUCUCCAAACCCUAUCACCCCCUCAUUUCGCUGCCUCAACCUCUAUCAGUCACUCAUUGUCUUCUCUUGCCGCUGGGGUUUUAGAAGCAUUGCUUUGUUUUCUCUUCAGGUUCAGGACUAAUCCAUCGUAAUGGGUAAGGAGAAGGUUCACAUUAACAUUGUGGUCAUUGGUCAUGUCGACUCUGGUAAGUCGACCACUACUGGCCAUUUGAUCUACAAGCUAGGAGGUAUUGAUAAGCGUGUUAUUGAGAGGUUUGAAAAGGAGGCUGCUGAGAUGAACAAGAGAUCUUUCAAGUAUGCCUGGGUGCUUGACAAGCUCAAGGCUGAACGUGAGCGUGGUAUUACCAUUGACAUUGCCCUGUGGAAAUUUGAGACCACCAAAUACUACUGCACUGUCAUUGAUGCACCUGGACAUCGUGAUUUCAUCAAGAACAUGAUUACUGGAACUUCCCAGGCUGACUGUGCUGUCCUUAUCAUUGACUCCACCACUGGUGGUUUUGAAGCUGGUAUUUCCAAGGAUGGACAAACCCGUGAGCAUGCCCUCCUCGCUUUCACUCUUGGUGUCAGACAAAUGAUUUGUUGCUGUAACAAGAUGGAUGCCACUACUCCCAAGUACUCAAAGGCAAGGUACGAUGAAAUUGUGAAGGAAGUUUCUUCCUACCUGAAGAAGGUUGGUUACAACCCUGAGAAGAUUCCAUUUGUCCCCAUCUCUGGAUUUGAGGGUGACAACAUGAUUGAGCGAUCCACCAAUCUUGACUGGUAUAAGGGUCCGACCUUGCUUGAGGCUCUUGACCAGUUAAAUGAGCCCAAGAGGCCCUCAGACAAGCCUCUCCGUCUCCCACUUCAGGAUGUCUACAAGAUUGGAGGCAUUGGAACUGUACCAGUGGGACGAGUGGAGACAGGUAUCCUCAAGCCUGGUAUGGUUGUAACUUUUGGCCCGACUGGAUUGACCACUGAAGUUAAGUCAGUGGAGAUGCACCAUGAGGCACUCCAGGAGGCUCUUCCAGGUGACAAUGUUGGCUUCAAUGUGAAGAAUGUUGCUGUCAAGGAUUUGAAGCGUGGUUAUGUUGCCUCAAAUUCCAAGGAUGAUCCUGCCAAGGAGGCAGCCAACUUUACCGCCCAGGUUAUUAUCAUGAACCACCCUGGCCAGAUCGGAAAUGGUUAUGCCCCUGUCCUUGAUUGCCACACCUCCCACAUUGCUGUCAAGUUUUCUGAGAUUUUGACCAAGAUCGAUAGGCGAUCUGGCAAGGAGCUUGAGAAGGAGCCCAAGUUUUUGAAGAACGGUGAUGCUGGAUUUGUUAAGAUGAUUCCUACCAAGCCCAUGGUGGUGGAAACUUUCUCUGAGUAUCCCCCACUUGGUCGUUUUGCUGUCAGGGACAUGCGUCAGACGGUGGCUGUUGGAGUCAUCAAGAGUGUUGAGAAGAAGGAUCCCUCCGGUGCCAAGGUGACCAAAUCAGCAGCCAAGAAGAAGUGAAUUGUGCGGAUUGGUGGAUAUGCAACUCAAGCCUACUAUGGUCGUUACAAUAAAAACUGGGAUCUUGUUUCUAGUGUCUGUGUUUCCAGUGGAAGUCUAGUUUGUUUUGUUGGGUAUAGGUACAAGCUUCCUCCGUCAUCUCCUGGCUGUUCUCAGAACUGGGUGCUUGAUCGACGGUGGCGUGGCUAUUAUCUGGACUGUUUGUGUCGUUAAAUGUGUUUGGUGUGUGGUCUCUUGUUUGUGUCGUUUAUGUUAUGUUAAAGCAGCAUGGGAGUUUUAGGCUUGUUCCUAUGCUCUGCUACUGAAUGUUUACAGUUCAUAAAAUCUCUAUACUUUUGCCUCUUUACCUUU